AGACCUAACUCUUAUACUUUCGCUUAUACACAAUGCAAUUCUCUACCGUCGCUACCGUCCUCGCUGCCGCCUCCGUUGCCACUGCUUACAACAUCACCUCUGUCGAGACUGUUGACCAGCAGACCACCACCGUUGUCACUAUCACUUCUUGUUCCCACAACGCCUGCUCUAAGGUCCCAGUCACCACCGGUGUCACCGUCAUCACCACCACCGUUGAAAACGUCGAAACCGUUUACACUACCUACUGCCCACUCACUUCCGCCCCAGCUAACGCCACUGUUGCCCCAACCACUGCUGUCCCAGCCACUGUUGUCCCAGUCACCUCUGCCCCAGCCAAGAACGAGACUCACUCCGUCACCUCCUCUUUCGAAGGUGCCGCCGCUGUUGUCGCCGGUUCCGGUGCUGCCGCUGCCUUGGCUGCUGCCGCUGCUUUCUUCUUGUAAGUUAUUUAACUUGAGUUCGGAGAAGC